GUCUCUUUCAAACUUCCAACACACGAUUUUAAGACAACCGCUGAUACUAUUUGUGUGUCGUUGGAUAUUUUGGGACAUUUUAACUAGGAACUUGUUAUUUUUUGCAAGCUUGUUCUUUUCUCUGUCCAACGGCACAGCUUUAAUUAAUCUCAAGGGGUAUUGUGGUUUUGUCAAGAACUAGCGCUGAAUGUUAGCCACCGCAUCAUGUAUUCCAGACAUUGGUUAGCAUAUAAAAGUAUUUUUCAUUUACUGUCCCUCCGGUGAAGAAAAGAGGUGCUGUGAAGAGAGGCAACUACCGCACAUGUCUGUGUAACUCCGACUAUGCUGCUCUUGGUAGCACUGGGCAUAGUUUUUUCCCUCAUUGUGGUUACCACUGAGAAGGCUGAGAACCACAAACCAGCUGCACCACUGCUGAACUACAGCAGGAUCUCCCUGCCGCCAGAGCACGUACCCUACUUCCUCUACAACAACAAGAGGGUCGCCAAGCAAUGUCGCCAGGACGCACUCUGCCCAUUUAAAGAUGCGCUGCAGGAUUUGUCUGUUUGUUGGGGUUAUGAGAAGAACUGUGAACCAGGAAAACGCUUCAGCUAUCCUGUCUGUACCAAAGCGAACUCCGGAUGGGCCCGUUCACUGGAUGCAGCCCAGGAGGUUUUCUGGAAGCAGGCUGACUUUGGCUAUGUCAAGGAGCGCCUCUCUGAGCUGAAAACACUCUGCAAGGCCAGCAAGCCGGGGGACUCCUCAUUAAGAUGUAGUAGUCACACUAGAUUCUGCAGGGCAACAAAUCUGUACCUGGAUUUGAGGAAUCCACGCAGAAGUCAUGAGAGGUAUAAAGAGGACUUCAUUCAGAGGGGUGAGAUCGGUGGACAUUGCAAACUGAACAAGCAAGCGCUUGCUGCUGAAGGAGAACACAAGAGCCCUUUGCAGUCGUGGUAUGCUGAACUACAGACGUACAUGGAGCUGAACUUCCAUCCCGUAGAGGACGGACACUGUGAUAUCAUCAUUGAAAAACCUACUGUUUUCAUGAAGUUGGAUGCUGGGGUGAACAUGUACCAUCAUUUCUGUGACUUUGUCAACCUCUACAUCUCUCAGCACAUUAACAACUCCUUCAGCUUAGAUAUCAACAUUGUCAUGUGGGACACGAGUUUCUAUGGAUAUGGAGAUCUGUUCAGUGAAACAUGGAAGGCCUUUACUGAGAAUGAUAUCAUCCAUCUGAAGAUAUAUGACUCAAAAAGAGUAUGUUUCAAAGAUUCCUUUUUCUCUCUUCUUCCAAGAAUGAGAUAUGGUCUUUUUUACAACACACCUCUAAUUUCAGACUGCUACAGUGAAGGGAUGUUCAGGGCAUUUUCUCAGCACGUCCUGCACCGGCUGAACAUCCCACAAGACAUGCCAAAGGAGGGGCGUGUUCGUGUCACCCUGCUGUCACGCAGCACAGAAUACAGAAGGAUACUAAACCAAGAGGAGCUGGUAAACGCCCUCAAGACUGUGCCUCAGCUGGAGGUCAAUGUGGUGGACUACAAAUACAAGGAAGUUCCCUUCUUGGAGCAACUGAGAAUCACCCACAACUCUGACAUCUUUAUAGGGAUGCACGGGGCUGGUCUCACACACCUCCUCUUCCUCCCUGACUGGGCUGUUAUCUUUGAGUUAUAUAACUGUCAGGAUGAGAGCUGCUAUCGAGAUUUAGCUCGUCUGCGGGGCAUUCAUUAUGUGACUUGGCAGAAAAUGGACAAAGUUCUCCCACAAGACAAGGGCCAUCAUCCCACCCUUGGAGACCAUCCAAAGUUUACCAACUACUCCUUCGAUGUGAGGGAGUUCAUGCGUGUUGUACUGGAGGCAGCUGAUUAUGUCACAAGCCAUCCCAGAUGGCAGCAUGGUGUCCGUCAUGAUGAGCUCUAGAUCUGUGAGUGCUGGAGGGAACACAGACAUCUGGCUGCUGGAAAAAAAAACCUCUUCAUGAUAUUCUUAAAAGUUACCUCACUCAGCAGUGAAUCUCCGUCAUGCAGUGGGUUGUUUGCCACUUCCCGUCUGCCACUGGAUGAGUGAAAGCAGGAUGGUGACAGCUCAAGUCUGAGCAGCCUUCACAGGCUCUAUUAGUGUCAGAUCAGUUAAAGGGUGUGUGAAGCUCAAGCAGCAAGAUGCGCCCUGUGUUUCUUCAUUACCUCCACGGCGGCUACUUCAUUCCACGUGGUGAAAGUUAGUAAAUGAGCAUCUGUUUCUGCGUUCCUUCACAUGCGACACGUUGUCUGACUUCAUCAGUGUCACGUUGAUGGGGGCCUCCUGAGAGCUGUUGACAAUCUCUCUGGAGUUUCUGAGCACAUCCAGCAUAAACCAUCCACACAUCAUGUGCUGUUUCAUCCCGCUAAGCAUUGCUCUCACAGUUUUUCUCUUUUUUUGUUACAGUGUAAUAUUUCCACUUUACAAUUAAACUGGCUGAAAGAAUUUCAAAUGAUGACA